CCAACUUGAUCUUGGAAAAACGUCCACAGCACGUGUGCAACGAACACAAUGUUCUUUGGUCUCUUGGGAGCGCUGACAUGGCGCUCUUUAAAGAAGUGAACAUUGAGAGUAGUGUCCUUGAAACUAUUAUUUGAGCACUACUGAGCAACGCCACGAUGAUGAGAGGCACCACUGUAUUAUUCCUUUCCAGCCUCAUGGUCGUCAUGACAAUGGCAUCGGCAGCAGAGUAUGAGGUAGUGCUGGAAGAUUUCUCGUCUCCCAAGCUCUCGUGGAGUACCUUUGGCGACGAUCACAUGGGCGGUCCUUCCCAUGGCGAUUUUCGAAUUGGAAAUGGCGUCGGAGUAUACGACGGAAGGGUGGGUUUUCUACCCCGUAUUGCCGGACCCGGGUUCAUCAAGCUGGACGGCAGUAGCAGUUUUGACGACAUUUCCACGUGCCGUGCCAUCAAGCUCGUGGCACGGUCGACCACACCUUCCUAUCAAGGAUUCCGCUUGAGCUUUGGAACCGAACACGAUCCCGUGACCCAAAUGCCAUAUAUCAAAGGACACAAGGCCCACUUUUAUCUGGAUGCAUCGGUACCAUCCACAGGAUUUCAAACCGUGCUGAUUCCCUUUCAAGAUUUUUCGUUGGAUUGGGAUCCUCGCACGGGAGAUGCCGUGGUGCCUUGUAGGGACGAUGUAGAAUUUUGUCCCGACUUGGCAACACUACAGGAUAUCAAGAAACUGGCCAUUCUUGGAGAGGGUGCUGCGGGUGACGUCAAUCUCGAGAUGCAAACGAUUAGUGCCGUAGAAUGUGGGCAAGAACCCAUGAACUUUAUGAACUUUCCCAAGGAUGUGCAGUUCGUGGAGUAUGAAUAUACAGCCGAGGGCAGAUCGUUCUUUGGGGUACCGUUUUUUCUAAUGGCUGCUGUUGCUGUGAUCGUUGGAGCGCUGUACUGGAAACAAAAAAAGCAACAACGGACUGCCCCCAAUUUCUACCAAGCUGUGGAGACAAUCGACACAACGCCCCAUGAAGCUGGAUAUUCUCUGGAACUAGCCGAAACAUAGUUUUGCCUCUAAUCUAGCUAUAUAGGAAUGUCUGGUAGCGAACGGCGGCACAGAAAUUUUUCUCCACCCAUUGAAUGGCGCAAAGGUGACACAAGGCAUGUCCGCUGCUACGUACUCCAAACAAUGACUUCGUGCUGAUCCGCCGAAGCACUAGCUUCUCAUGGGGUAAGGGCGAACAUGGCUAGUAGACGGCAUGGGAUACCUGUUGCAAAUAGUUUGUCGCGAUAGCUUGUCGUCACUGAUGAAAACAAGGAGACAAAGCACAGCUUCAGCCCACCACCAGUUCUUCCUGUAGCUCCAGCACCGCCUCGAUUGCCUCCGGUCUUUCCCCCCUUCUGUAUGGCGAGUCGCACAGGGCAGAGAUGCCCAGCCAAUGUCUCGAUCGGUACCAGACCAAUCCGUGCAAAUUCUAGAGCUCUUGUACAAUGACCAUGACUCCUUCCUUCCUCUCCUCUUGCACAAUUGUAACCACCCAUUGACAAUCAACAAGCGAUGGAGGAAUGCUUCCUUCCCACCAAUGCAACAAAAGCAAUGGAGAAGAUCCAUUUUCUAAUCAGAGCUUCCUCUGCUGAGCAACUUUUGGCAACGAGGUUGUGUGUUUGAACGGAGGUAUUUCAAGGGAAGAAGCAAAGCAACAACAAAAACUGUGUAAUACUAAAUAUAGGAUGUUGGUCAUCCACUACUAC